GCAGACAUCUCUCUCUCUCUCUUUAAAUUUCUCUCUCACACACAACACCCAAAACACACACUCUCCAAAAGUUUUCCUUUUUUGCUAGUUGGAUCAAUCCCAUCUAUUCUGUUAUUCUAUCUCCAUUCAAUUCCUGCUUUUUUUAUUCUGAAAUGGGCGCUAAUGCUUCUUCAAAUGACUUGGAGCCUAACGGCGGGCAUGGUCAACCACCAUUAAAGGCAAGGUUAGCGGACAUACCGGAAUCUUGUGUCGCUCUGGUCUUGUCCUAUAUGGAACCGCCGGAGAUCUGCAAGCUGGCCCGUAUUGACCGGGCCUUCCGGGCCGCCUCGUCGGCGGAUUUCAUCUGGGAGCCCAAAUUGCCCUCCAAUUACCGGUAUAUCUUGGAGGAUCUGAUCGGGUUCAGCGCCGCCGGCAUGCCAAAAAGGGACAUUUUCUCUAUGCUUUGCCGGCCCAUUUCUUUCGAUGGUGGCACAAAGGAUGUUUGGAUUGAUAAGACUUGUGGAGGAGUUUGUUUGGCGAUUUCUGCUAAGGGCAUGAGGAUUACCGGAAUCGAUGAUCGGAGGUAUUGGAAUCACAUUCCGACUGAAGAAUCAAGAUUCCAGACAGUUGCAUAUCUUCAACAAAUUUGGUGGGUCGAAGUGGAUGGCGACCUCGAGUUCCAAUUUCCUGCGGGGGAAUACAGUUUGUUUUUCAGGCUUCAGCUCGGGAGGAUAACGAAGAGGUUGGGUGGUCGUCGAGGGUGCAACGCUGAGAAUGUUCACGGCUGGGACAUUAAGCCGGUUCAACUAAAGUUCACAUUGCAAGAUGGUCAGCAAGCGACAUCGCGGUGCUUCCUGGACAACCUAGGAACCUGGGUGCACUACCAUGUAGGAGAUUUUGUCGUCGAGGAUGCCAACGCCGAUGCGUUGACAAAGAUUAAGUUUUCUCUGACUCAGAUUGAUUGCACACAUACUAAAGGUGGUUUGUGUGUAGAUUCUGUCCUAAUAUGCCCCAGUAGAAUGGGGAAAGAUUUUAGAUUGUCUUCUGGAUAGGUGAAAAUUAAAGCAGAUUGUAAGACACAAUAUUUAGCUUGAGUUUGGAAGUGGCAUGGAUAGUUAUGUUGUGUGAGAUCACUCAUUUUUGAAUUGCGGAUGUGUUUUUUGUACAUAGGAAUAGGCAAUGUUUUCAAGUUAAUGGCAAGUUUUGAUAUCGGAUUUCUUCUGA